CGCCUUUAGAGUGUGAGCGUUUUUUUAAUAGUGUGACGUGAUUUUUGAAGUGUGCGUUUAUAGCAACAACACGCUCGUGUUUGUGGGAGUAUUGCAUAUUUUAGUAAGUCUGUUACACGUGUGUACCUCGUCCCCUUCUAAAAAUGGCGAAAAAUAUUCAGCGAGUGAAUGAUAUGGCUUCUCCAUAGGAAUAAAUAUGCUCUAAGCUUGCAGUGCAACUCAGGGUUGCCAACCAUACCAACGGUGCCAACGAGGUACGAGAAUACUACACAUAUUUACGAGAUUUUUUCAGAUAAAUUUAUAACAUGAUUUUUCAUUGUAGGCAACAUGUUGGAGCACAAACCUUAAUGUAAUGGGGGUGCAAAUCAUGUACGAGGUUAGAAAGCAAGAUUACGAGAUUUUUAGCUGCAGAAGUACGAGGAAAAAAGUUCUAUGGUUGGCAAUCUUGGUGCACUUUUCCUUCACUCACUCUGACGUUUGCACUUGGAGUGUAGGUUUGGAACGUAGCUAUGCACCCCUGUCGACAACAUGGCUGGUUGUGGUUGCGUAUCUUUCAAAAUCCGUUCAUUUGUAUAGGUUAGCGUUUAAGUUAGUAUUUGUAUGUAUUUUGAAUAAGAAUUUGUGGUUUAGUAAUGUUUGUUUGUGUAAAGUGGCGACAAUUUGGAUAAUGUUAUAGCGAAUCUAUUGUCUUCGAAAAGGUAUACAACUCGUUAAUGAUGGAUUUCGGGCACCCUCCUCCGAAUAUGGGCAUGCCCCCGCCCGGUAUGGGUGGUCCCAUGGGUCCACCCAUUCGUAACAACAUGCGCCAUAAUUUUAGGCCUUUCAGCUACCAGAUGCGAUUCCCACCUCAAGGUCCGCUGAAUAUGACUCAGGAUGAUUUUGAUGGUAAACGCUUGCGUAAAUCAGUUAUGCGUAAAACUGUCGACUAUAAUGCCGCGAUUAUCAAAGCUUUAGAAUGUCGUGUUUGGCAGCGCGAUUGGCGGGAUAGGCAUGCACUUCAGCCGGACGCUAUGUACACUCCAGAUCUGUUACCGCCACCUUCUUACCCUGAUAAUCCUAUCAAUGCUGUAACCACGCGUUUUGUUAAAACUGCCACAAACAAAAUGAGAUGUCCUAUAUUUGCUGUGGCUUGGACACCAGAAGGUCGCAGGUUAAUUACUGGUGCAUCUUCAGGAGAAUUCACAUUAUGGAAUGGCUUAACUUUUAAUUUUGAGACUAUUCUUCAAGCACAUGAUUCACCCGUGAGGUCAAUGGUUUGGUCUCAUGGUGAAGGUUGGAUGGUCACUGGAGACCAUUCAGGUUUUAUUAAGUAUUGGCAGAGCAACAUGAAUAAUGUUAAAAUGUACCAAGCUCACAAGGAAGCUGUGAGAGGUAUUAGCUUCAGUCCCAGUGAUUCAAAGAUUGUUACAUGUUCUGAUGAUGGUACAUUACGCAUAUUUGAUUUUUAUCGAUGCCAAGAAGAAAGGAUAUUAAGAGGUCAUGGUGCAGAUGUCAAAUGUGUACAAUGGCAUCCAACCAAGGCUCUUAUAGUUUCUGGCAGCAAGGAUAACCAACAACCUAUUAAACUUUGGGAUCCUAAAUCUGGCACAGCAUUAUCAACAUUACAUGCUCAUAAGUCUACUGUUAUGGACUUGAAAUGGAAUGAAAAUGGAAACUGGUUGAUUACUGCAUCUCGAGAUCAUUUGCUGAAACUAUUUGAUAUUCGUAAGCUUGGUACAGAACUACAAAUAUUCAGAGGGCAUAAAAAAGAGGCAUCAAGUGUGGUUUGGCAUCCCACCCAUGAAGGACUGUUUUGCUCUGGAGGUUCCGAUGGUGCAAUUUUGUUUUGGAAUGUUGGCACUGACAAAGAAGUUGGAUGUAUUGAAGGAGCACAUGAAUCAAUUGUAUGGACAAUGGCAUGGCAUCCCCUUGGGCAUAUAUUAUGCUCAGGCUCAAAUGACCACACAUCAAAAUUCUGGACACGCAAUCGGCCUGGUGAUCUUAUGAGAGACAAAUAUAAUCUCAAUACUUUGCCACCUGGUGUCCAAGAUGAUCAUGAUUUGGAUGAACCUGCUAUUAUACCAGGAAUGGGCCCUGAAGAUAAAGUAGAAAUAUUCUCUUUUGAUACUGAUAAAGUUAUACCUGGUCUUGAUUUGGACACAGCAUUUAUUCCUAUGGACUUUGAAAAGAAAGUUAAAAAAGUACCAUAUAGCAAACCUAUUCCAAGAAACUUUCAAGCCCAAUGGAAUCAUGGUCCUACAGCUGAUGAAGCUACAACAGAAGCUCUGACUCAGGCAUUAGUAGAGUCUGUUCCUGGGGCUGUACCUCUCAAUAUGAUUUCACCAACUGCUAUAUUCAUCUAUGGUAGGUUGAUAUUAGUUGAACCAGGAUCAAAACUAGAAAAAGCUAUAACUGAUGGUCCUACUGCACUGAAAAAAUAUAUUGCUACUGGUGAAAUACAACAAUUGCAUGAUAUAAUGCCUCAUCUGGAAGAAGAUGCAGAUGAUGAGAAUUUCACACCAUUUGAGUAUCCUGAGCCAGAAAUUGAUCCUGAUGAUAAUUCUGAAAGGGAUAAUAAUGAUGAAGAUAGAAAUUAUGAUCAAGAGAAUGAUUAUUAUAACAAUGAUAUGGAUCAAAAUGACCAAGAUGAUACAAAUUAUAAUAAUGAUCCUGAUGUGAAUAAUAUGGGACCAAUGAAUAAUAUGCCUCCAAUGAACAAUAUGGUAAGACCUCUCAUGGGGAUGGGUAACCUGGGUCCAAUAGGUCCACCAAUGCGGCCUAUGGGUCCAAUGCACCUAGGUAACAUGCCUCCAAUGGGCAACAUGCCCCCUAUGGGUAAUAUGCCACCAAUGGGUCCCAAUAUGAAUAAUAUGCCACUUUUGGGUAAUAUGCCACCACGCCCACCUUUCUCUGACAAUGGAUAUAAUAAAGGUCACUUUGACUCUGGCUAUGAUAAUCAACAAUAUCAACAAGGUAAUGAUGAGUUUAAUGAUGAUGAGUCGUUCAACCAGAGUUAUGAGGAGGAUAAUUAUAAUGAUGAAGGCAAUGGAGAUGAAGGAUACUCCCGAAACCAGAGAUGGGAUGGUGGUUACAGAGGUCGAGGAAGGGGUCGUGGGCGCGGUAUGAACGGACAUGGUGGGCGUGGCAAUUGGAGGGGUAAUAAUGGGCCCCGAGGAUCUCCAUGGAGGGGUAGAGGCGGCGGAGCGAACAGAAGUUUUAGAAGAGGUGGUAAACAAACAUCAAAUUAG